UUUCCCCGUUUGCGAACUGUGUUCAAGCACCUUUAAGUUUGUGUAGAAGCCUUACGUUUUCCUUGUUACGCGUAAAAUGAACGAGAACAACUGUCCGGAAGAUGUCCAUUGGGCACAACUUGUAUGCACAACAGACGUUGACACUCCUCCAUUUUUGAUAGGAAAAGAUAAGUUUACUAUUGGGAGGUCUCCAGGAUGUGAUAUAUCUCUAAAGGACAAUAAGCUGGUAUCUGGACACCAUUGCUACAUUCUUCGUGAUGAAAGUGGAAAAGUUUGGUUGCAUGACACAAGCACAAAUGGGACUCUAUUCAACAGUUCAAUCAAGCUUUCUAAAGGAAAGCGCCAGCAGAUUGACCAUGGUGACGAAUUCUACAUAAUAUACAAGAAAGGAGAGGAAGAGUUAAAUGUUGGCUAUGUGUAUCAAGAUCUUCAGCGGUUGCGAGAGGAAGAGAAAGAAGAAGAGGUGGAUACAACACUUGAGUAUGACAGUGAAGCACUGCCACUGAUAGAUGCAACCAUUGCAGAUGAGAGUUUGAACCAGGUGAUGGAUGAGGAGCUAAAAGCAUUGCAUGGCGUUAAGCGCAAACAUCCUGCUGAGCUAAACUUAGAGCUUGUAACCAAGGAAGCAAGAUUUCAAGUGGAAUCUAACCCUGUAACCACGCAAGAAGGCUGUCAGGGUUUGGAGGCAGCCAAACGUAAUUCUUUAACCAAGCAAACAAGUUGUCAGCCUUCAGAGGCAGCAGAAUCUGACCCCCUCUCAACCACCGUGAUCAUUACAACCACAACCACAGCCACCACCACUACCCCAUGUAGCACAUCAUUCAGCACAAACAUCACUGAGAGAGCAGCAGCUGUAGACAUAGCGGAAGGAAAACAAAUCAGCAUCAACAGCCCUCCCCAAGACUUGGUCCCAUCAAUUAGUGCCAAGACACCACAGAAUGUUGAGGAAGAGGAUUCCUUUGCCAGCACCCUCACCUGUAUCAUCUGUCAGGAACUUCUGCAUGACUGCAUUAGUCUUCAGCCAUGCAUGCACUCUUUCUGUGCUGGCUGCUAUUCAGAAUGGAUGAGCCAGUCCAAAGAAUGUCCUUCAUGUCGCACAAGAGUGGAGAGGAUUAACAAAAACCACAUCGUCAACAACCUGAUAGAUGCUUACUUGAAAGAGCAUCCAGAUAAACAACGUUCUGAAGAAGACAUCAAGACUUUGAAUGCAAAGAACAAGAUUACACAUGACAUGCUGUAUCCCAGGCAGCGCUCUUCCAGUUCUGACUAUUCAGAGUCUGAUAACGAGGAUCAGGAUCAGCUUCUAGCACCAUGGAUAGCACCAGUCACGGGCUCAGUGUUUGGUUUUGGAACACCUUAUUUUGGAGUUACCAAUUUGGCCUAUAGAGCUCGGUGUCGUCAAUGCCCAGGUGCAUCAAAUAACUCCACAGCAUCUAUUAACUCCCCUGUGGCUGGUGUAGCUGGUGGAUCAUGUGCUUCAGCUACCAGCAACACAGAGCAGCCUUCCGUAUCAGGAGUCACUACCACAGAUGGAAGCCUGACUGUGGAUCGAGAUGCAAAAAUAAUGCCAGUCCCUCCUGAUUACCAUUGUGCUGCCAACCAGAACCAUGUCCUGUGCCAGUGUUGUUUACAGAUCUUUCCUGACCGUCGAGCAGAAAGAGACUUUAAUUCUGAUAUACCACCUCAACAGUGUACUGUGUGUUUCCGGGCUUUCUGCCAUGCCUACUGGGGGUGUCGAAAGCUUGACUGCAAUGGGUGUCUGGCCAAAUUCAAAGAUCUAAAUUUUGGAAAGAAAGUGUUGACAGGCCUCAUCUUGGACAACCCUUACGAGUCCCAAGUCUUUCAGAACUACCUUCAGACAAAGGGUUUGGCAGUUCGAGAUGUGCUAGAGACGUGCAUCACCAAAUGGAGGCUGGCACAUACAGUUGUCCCGACCAAAGCCAGUACCAUCUAACGGGUGAGAUGCCUCUCUGUUAUACGUGUGGCCUCCGUAACUUCAAAGCUUUGGCAUACCUGUAUCGGUAUGAUAUUCCUCAAGGUGAACUUCCAGCGGAAGUGACUGCGCGUCCCAACUGCUACUGGGGAAAACAAUGUCGGACCCAGCGUAACAAGCCUGCCCAUGCACAACGUUUCAACCACAUCUGUGAACAGAGCAGAGUGUGAGUGUGACAGCCAGUGCACCUUCAAAACAGGCGUCAAUGUGAUGUCAGCAUGAAACACAUUUGUCUUUUCAUGUAUAGACCAUAGUGUGAAUGGACUGUUAUAUAUAGACAGUGGUUUUCAUGUACAGACCAUAGUGUCAACAUAUAGACAGUGGAUAUUUUUCUUCUUGUUUUUUUAUACUGCAGAAUAUUUUAUACUCAGGAAUUUACAUAUUUUUGUAAUAAGUUUUAAGUGUGUGUGUAUUUAAUAUCUAUAUGUGUGUGUCAAGUUGCUGCAUGCUGUAAAUGACUAUAUCACAUUAAAUUACUAAGUGCUGUGCCUUCACAGUUACCUUCAAAAGCA